AUGUCUGGCUCCGCGGCGUUAGAAUAUGGGUUUCCCUCUACUCACUCGACCAAUGCCAUUUCAGUCGUCGUUUACGGACUUUACCUUUUAAACUCGCCUGACUCGACUGUCGAGCCGGUUGCGAAAAUUAUCUUCCACGUUAUCCUGUAUAUAUUCGGGACAUCCAUUGUUAUUGGGAGGCUGUACUGCGGGAUGCAUGGGUUUUUCGACGUUAUCACUGGCAGUUUCCUGGGCGCUUUGUUGGGCUAUGUACGAUAUUCAUACGGGGAGAGCUAUGACGAACUUAUCUAUUCGGGCUCGAUAAAUGUGAUAUUUGCAGUAGUAGCGGUUGUUCUUGCAUUGGUUCGAAUGCACCCUGAGCCCGCAGAUUCGUGCCCUUGCUUCGACGAUAGUCUUGCAUUCGCAGGGGUGUUGAUGGGUGCGGAGUUCGGGAACUGGCACUUCGCCCAAACCACUUUUGCAAGCAAUGACCCUUACCCAGGGACGGUUCCAUAUGAUUUGGCAAAACUUGGUUGGGCCAAAACUAUUGCGCGGAUUAUCCUUGGGGUCGUGAUUGUCUUCUUGUGGAGGGAAAUAAUGAAACCAUCCCUUCAUAAGUUGCUGCCGCCUGUAUUUCGAGUGAUCGAACGGCUGGGCCUCAAUCUUCCCAGAAGAUUCUUCAUUCUCGCAUCCGAAUAUGAAAAAGUCCCCGGCCAUCUCAAAGAUGACGACGUAAUCCCCAACGUCUCUGAAAUCCCUUCCAUCCUCACCUCAAUCCGCCACCCGCGCAGAAGAGCAGUUUCCGUAGGCCCUCAAUCAGAAGCAGACGCCUACGAGACACUUGCUUAUCGGGAGAAACGACGACGGGAAAGCAUCUCGUCUAACCAAUCGCGCAGCGUCAGUGCUGGGCGCAGACUCCCUCCGACGAUCGAGGAUAAGCGAAACAAGCAUAACACGUCGCCCGCCGCCGCCGCCGCCGCCGCCGCCGCUACCUCCGGGCGACCCGGAAACCGGAAAACCAAUACGCCAGCGACGGACAGCAACUCAUUUUCGCCACCGGCCAUCAGGACCCCACGCAAACUUGAUGAGUAUGAACAUAUGAUGGGGACGGGGACGCCUGUCUUCAACACGGAAGACAUACUGAACAUGCAUGGUGCUGGCGCUGGCGCGGACGUGAAUGUGAAUGUAGCCACGGGUGCAGCAGACACUCUUGAAUAUCAGCUCGAGGCGGAAGAGGAGAAGGUGAUGUUUUCGAAGAUCACACCGCCGCGAGUACGGUAUGAUGUGGAGGUUGUGACGAAGUUAGUAGUGUAUUUUGGAAUUGGAUGGCUGGCCGUGGAGUUUAUACCCAUUAUAUUUCAGCUACUUGGAUUGGCUCUCUAG